AUGACAGAAGCUGAAAUAGGUCAAAAUAGCAAACUGGAUGAUGCAUGGUUCACGAGCAAGUGGCUCAGCCCGCAUCUCAGGUCGAUAUUACCAGACUCACUCGACAAGUAUCUCUCGACUCUGGCUCAGAUACAGCCCAUGGGGAAGCCUCUGCAUGUAGGCAUCAUCGGCUCUGGCCUUGCAGGGCUCAGAUGCGCGGACGUCUUGCUGCAGCGCGGGAUGAUAGUCACCAUACUUGAGGCCAGAGACCGGAUCGGGGGUCGAGUCUGCCAAAGCAACCUCAGCGACAGAGGCCCAAACUGGAUCCAUGGGACCACGAACAACCCGCUCGUCGAGAUCAGCCAGCGUUCCGGCACGGUUACCGACUCGUGGGAGGGGCCCCAGGCCACCUUUGAUACGGCUGGCAGGCCGCUGGACCCGGCCCUGUGUGCCAGAGUGGCAGACUUCAUGUGGACGACCAUAGACCGGGCCUUCACGCUGAGCCAAAAGGACAGUGCCAGCAUCCCGCCGGGGAAGAGCCUGCUAGACUUCUUCAGAGACGAGCUCGCGCAGACCGGCUUCAGUCAGAUGGAGAAGGACGCCUGUCUGGAGUCGUCGAAGAUGUGGGGGGCCUACAUCGGCUCGCCCAUCGAGAGGCAGAGCCUGAAGUUCUUCUUUCUCGAAGAGUGUCUCGAGGGGACCAACCUGUUCGUGGCCUCGACCUACAAGAACAUCCUCCAACAUGUUGCCCGGCCGGCCAUGGAGGGAGCGGAGAUACGUCUCAACGAGCCGGUUGUGGCGGUCGAGGGGAAGGAUCGUUCCUCGGGGGCGGGCGGGCAGGUGCUUGUCAGGACUGUAGCCGGAAAGGAGUAUCUCUUCGACGAGGUCGUUGCCACUUUUCCUCUCGGGUGGCUGAAGCAGAACAAGGACGCAUUCAAGCCAUCCAUGCCACAGCGUCUCUCUGAUGCGAUAGACCAUAUCUCCUAUGGCAGCCUGGAGAAGGUCUACGUGAGCUUUCCCUGUGCAUUCUGGCAAAGGGCCACGUCCAACGACGGCAACGGCAACAAUCCUACAACCCAGUUCUUCUCACCGAGCUACGUGGACCAUCCUCCCACUCCGUACUGGAACCAGGAGUGCCUCUCUCUGGCCGACCUGCCCGGGGGCUGUGCCCACCCUACCUUGCUCUUCUACACGUACGGCCCCUGUGCCGAGCACGUAGUAUCGCAGAUAUCAGGCCGCUCACCCGAUUCCGAGGGAUACUACGACAUCCUGCACGCCUUCUUGCUGCCGUACAUCUCUCGGCUGCCCGGGUACGACGCCCAGUCCCCGUCAUGCCGGCCAACCGCGUUUCUGGCGACCGAGUGGCAGACAGACCCGUUUGCAGGCAACGGAAGCUACUCGAACUUCCAGACGGGGCUGACCGACGGGCUGGCAGACAUCGAGGCCAUGCGGGAAGGGAUGGGGGUCGACAGGGGUAUAUGGUUUGCUGGCGAGCAUACCGCACCCGUAGUCGGGCUGGGGACUGCUGCCGGGGCUUACUGGAGCGGCGAAGAGGUUGCCAGGAGGAUAUGUGGAAUCAUCCAGAGGGCAGCUUAG